AUGCCCUCAGUUGCUAAAAAAGAAGGUAACACUAGGGACCAUAGCUCCUUGAAUCAUGGCCCCAUAGUUUGCAACAUUGAUAUCAUCAAUGACCAGAAUAAUACCCUAUAUGAUGGUAUAACUGUAUCGCCACUGUUAUAUCAAUAUAUAUAUGGAACUGAAAUCAAUGGAGACGUUAGUACCUCCGUUUCGAAUACUUCAUUUGUUCCUCUUAAGGAUCAUUAUUGUGCAAUAAAGCUUUUGGGGUCAGCGGUCUUUGAUCAAUUCAAGUUAUUCACUGUCAAUGGUGUUCACCAUCAACUUGAUGAUCAAAAAACUAUCCGUAUAAUAAAUGAUUCUAAUUUUUCAAGAUUUGAAUAUAUCACAUUAAACCAAGCAUUAUAUCUUCCAGUUGAAACUGGAGAUAUUCCAGUUUUAACUUCCUGUUAUAUUUCGGUGCCUGGUUCAAUCUAUGAGAUCUUGAAUGGGUCAUCUGUUGAUUCUAUUCGUACUAAAUUUCUUAACACUUUUCUAGCAGGAAAGAAUCGUGUAGUCAAUAAUGGAGACCAUAUUAGAGAUAUCAAUGGUACAGUUAAAUUGUGUGAACCUUUAGAUCAGGGGAAGGUUAACGAAAAUACCAAUUUCGUUUUGAUCAAAGAGGAUGAGGUCAGCAAAAAUCAAUUGGUUGAUGAUCUUGAUCUUGAUGAAGAUUUUGAUAAAGUUGCUGACUCCGUGGAUUUAUCAAAAUAUUUAGAUGAAUUAAUAUUUGAUGAUUCUGAACAAUCUGUUAUAACAUCAGAAACCACAAAGACUUUUGACAUCAAGCCGUUAAAUUCCAGAAUUGGGAUUGAAAGUUUACCCUGGACUGGAGAAGAUGAGGAAUUAUUUGUAUUCAUCAGUUCACAAGACUUAUUCUCUUUGAAUUUGCCAAUUUUCAAUGGUGAGACAGUUAAGUUGACCAACGGAGAUGAAAAGAGUUUAUUCGUUAAGUUAUUUGUCUUUUCAGAACCAAAUGAAUAUUCCAAGGGGAAAAUCUACGUUUCACCUUUAUUGAUGGUUAACUUGGGUUCAUCUACAAAAGUUUCCAUUUCCCCCAUUCCCAAUGAAGAUCGUAAGAAGCCACUUUCAAAAUUGAUUCCUAUUGCAGAUUCAAUAACCAUAAGCCGUAUUGUAUCCAACAUUUCUAUGGAUAGAACAUACCUUUCAGCGGUUUUAGCCAGUCUUAAGAACCAAUUGAAGGUGUCAUAUAAGUGUGUUAGAUUAGAGGACGCAAUAGCGGUCACAAUAGAUACCAUAAUGGCAAAAACCGUGUUCGACCAGGAAGACGCUGAAGAUAUCCAUAAUGCAACAGAACCUGAAAAUAAAGUUGAUAUUAUGCCUGAAGGAGAACCAGAUGCAGUAGCUUGGUUUAAGAUUACAAAUGUUAACGGAGUUUCAGAAGGUGAUAAUCAACAAUAUAUCAUUGAUCCUAUUAAAACCAAGCUUGUUGUGAGUGGUAAUGAGUUUAUUCGUUUACCUCCUAAUGAUCCAUCUGGGUGGGCUGACUAUUUAAAAUUACCGGGGUUCUUCAAAUAUCCCAAGUUUGAUACCACAGAAACAGUCUUCAAAUACAAGAUUGAUCUUGAAAGGGUAUUAAAGACGAAUUUGGAAACCCUGCAUCCUUUGAAGAGUACGGUAUUAUUGAACUCAAUGAGUAGAGGUAUUGGGAAAUCAACAUUAGUUCAAAGUGUUUGCUUGGAACUAGGAUUGAAUUUAAUAACUUUGGAUUGUGUUGAAUUGCUCAAUCCUGGGAAGGAAUUGAAAACCAUAGGUACCAUUAGUGGGAAAUUGGAUAAGAUUUUAUCUCAACAACCAACACUUGGAAUUGAAAACAGUAAGAAGGCAUUACAUGUUGUGUACUUUAAGCAUAUUGAAAAGCUCUGUGUUUCUUCCAAUGCAAAUGAACAAAACUUUUCAAUUCAUGAAUCUCAACUGUUGAAGUUUGUUCAAAUGCUACAAGAAUACUUUACCAAGUAUACCAAUAUAGUGUUCGUCUUCAGUUGUAAUGACUUGGAUAAAUUGAACAACAAUUUUAAACUGAUGAUGAAGUUUCAAAUCGAUAUAGGGGUCCCUUCUGAAGCUGAAAGAUUAUCUAUAUUCAAAUAUCUUAUCGAAAGAGAAAUACAACAGGCAACAGAUCCUUUAUUGAAACUUAGAAGUGACGUUGACUUUUCCCAUUUAGCUUUACAGUCUGCUGGUUUAACACCAAGAGAUUUACAAAGUAUAAUGAAAUCUGUUAAGAAGUUCGCUAUCAAGAGACUUUCCAAACUUGGUAAUUUCAGCAAGCAAGUAGCUAUUGGUAAUGGUGGGUAUGUGAUUUAUACACCUGAAGAUUUUGCAUUAGCUAUCAAUGAAGCUAGAAAUCAAUUUAGUGAUUCUAUUGGUGCGCCCCGUAUACCUAAUGUUAAAUGGGAAGAUAUAGGGGGAUUGGAUAUGGUUAAAGGUGAAAUUUUAGAUACUAUUGAUAUGCCCCUUAAACAUCCUGAAUUAUUUAGUAGUGGAUUGAAGAAAAGAAGUGGGAUUCUAUUUUAUGGACCUCCAGGGACUGGUAAGACAUUAUUAGCAAAAGCUAUAGCCACUAAUUUUUCAUUGAAUUUCUUUAGUGUGAAGGGUCCUGAAUUGUUAAACAUGUAUAUUGGAGAAUCAGAAGCUAAUGUACGUCGGGUAUUUCAGAAAGCAAGAGAUGCAAAACCUUGUGUUAUUUUUUUUGAUGAAUUAGAUUCUGUUGCACCAAAAAGAGGGAAUCAAGGUGAUAGUGGUGGGGUAAUGGAUCGUAUUGUUUCACAAUUGUUAGCCGAAUUAGAUGGUAUGUCAGGGGGAAGUAAUGGUGGAGGAGAUGGUGUGUUUGUUGUUGGAGCAACCAAUAGACCCGAUUUAUUAGACGAAGCUUUAUUAAGACCAGGUAGAUUUGAUAAGAUGCUAUAUUUGGGAAUUAGUGAUACUGAUGAGAAGCAAUUUAAGAUUUUGGAAGCUUUAACACGUAAGUUUAAACUUGAUGACGAUGUUGAUUUGAUGGAAAUCGCCAGAACAUGUUCAUUUACGUUUACUGGAGCCGAUUUUUAUGCCUUAUGCAGUGAUUCAAUGCUAAAUGCCAUGACCAGAAUUGCUGGGGAAGUUGACACUAAAUUUAAUCAAUAUAAUAAUGGUAAAACUGAACCUGUUUCCAUUAGAUGGUGGUUUGAUAAUGUUUCCACUCCUGACGACAUUAGCGUCGUUGUUAAACAAGAAGAUUUUGUGAAGGCUAAGGAUGCAUUGAUCCCAUCAGUUUCCGCAGAGGAAUUGCAACACUACCUUAGAGUCAAAGAGAACUUUGAGGGUGCCAAAGACAAGGCAGCACAAUUGGCUCAAGAAGGAGAAAAUGGCCAUUAA